AUGCAUCCCUCGAUCGCAAACCUCUCGUCGCGGCUUCACCUCUGCUCGGGCGACGUGCCUCCCCCGCUCGUUGGUGCCUCUGCUACGCUCGUAGAGCCAUCUCAGCAUGGUCUCACCAAAGGAAGCGCAAAGGUCUACCUCUUCGGAGGUCGACUGGUCAGCAGCCGUCGAAUGGUCAACACGCUCUACGUUCUCGACUUGGACGAGAUGAAGUGGUCCCGGCUCACUCCCAGCAGCAGACCCAAACUCGGCUCUCCCGAAGCAGCCGCAACAGCACCUUCGUCGGAACAGCCGCAGCCGCGUUACUUUCACUCGGCCGAUCUGUGGCAUGACAAAAUCAUCAUCUUUGGUGGAAUGGGCUACUCGCAAGGCGCCCAAGAUCCAAGCACGGGCGCGCCCGCCGAAGAGCUCUGUGUCCUCGACGAACUACUCGCCUUUGAUCUCACCACACAGCAAUGGGACUACAGCUUCGACGUCGCAUCCCGCAACAUCGCAUCCUCCAGCUCCCAGCCCGAGGCACCUCGACCUGCUCCUCGCUACGCGCACCUCUCGUCCCUCUCUGGCGACAUGCUGUCCAUCAUCGGUGGCCAGAACCUCGCCAACCAGUAUGUCGAGUCUAUCAACCUCUUCAGUCUCUCGCAAAACAGAUGGAUCGGUGCCCAGCGCUUCCGCAAACAGUGCGGCAGCUAUCGCUCACUCGCCGUUGGCGCCAAGAGCCUUUACAAGGAUGGCGAGAAGGCAAAAUGUUAUCCACGAGCAAAGGAUCCUCUGAUCGGCGCAGAUGCCAAUGGAAGCACUGUCCCUUCAGCGCAGAACGGCCAUGCUGCAGCAAGCGGGAGUGACAAGGUCGAGCAGAACCCUCUGCCCAUGAGCUGCCGGGCUGAGCCGAAUCAGCCUUUGCCCGUCUACCUUUACUCCAAUUACAAUUUUACCGACGUGCGUAGAGAGCUCGAGGUGCUCACCGUUCAAGGUCAAGCCGAUGCCGGAGCCAGCUCGGAUGCGGGUAAGCUGCACCAACGGGCUCGAAGCGACUCGAAUGCAUCUCAGGAAUCGGCACUCGAUGUCGAUGGUCCCCUCACUCCAUCGCAGGCUGCCGCAGCGCCAUCCUCCUCUGGACCCUAUGUCUCGAUGGAGGAUCGCUCCAACCAAAUGGCUGGUGUGACGUUACCUCCUGGUCUGCGUUUCCCGACAGGUGCGCUUCUGGGACCCUACCUACUCAUCUCCGGCACGUACCUCGCCAACGCGACGCAAAGCUUCUCGAUCUGGGCCCUACACCUGCCCACCAUGGUGUGGUCCAGGAUCGAGCCUGGCUCAGCCCUCUCGACCGGAAGCUGGAACCGCGCCUUGCUGUGGCCCGGCAAGAACCGACUCGUCGUGGUCGGACACAAAGAGAGGGACCUCGUCAGCGACUACAACCACCGCCAGACAAACUGGGACCACGUCGUAGUGCUCGAGCUCGAAGCCUGGGGUAUCUACCAGCCGCCUACGUCCGUCCUCUCCGAAGCAGCCGUUCAGCUUGGGCUCGACAAGCUCGCAACCACCGCGCCCUCCGCCAUGGCGUCUGCACAAGCACUUGGACGUGUCGUGGGCGAUCUCAACUCAGCGGCGGGUGAUGCGUCGGUUGGCGAGGAACAGAGUAGUCUCGAAAAAGAGUUUGAGGCGCUCAAUCUAGGUGGCCGCGGCGACUUUGAGAUUGUCUGCUCCGACGGACUCAGGAUCGGCUGCGACCGUGCCAUUCUCGAAGCGCGUUGGCCUUGGUUCAAGGCCAAGAUGGACGAAUUCCGCAAGAAGGCCAGACGCACUCUACGCAUCGCCUAUCCAGCGGCCAACGAGCAAUCCGGCCUGAGUAUCAUUCCCGAAGACAUCGCCGAGUUCUUGGCCGAAGAGGACGACGAAGAAGAGGCCGUGGAUCCGCUCGUUCUUCCUGCGGCGAAUAAAGACGAUUCGCAGGGAGGCAAGCAAAAGAUUCGUGAUCCACGCUUCCAGCCCCGCCAUCUGCAAAUCUCGGAGCCGUCCCCUGUUGUGCUUGCGCUACUCCAGUUUGUCUACACGUUGCGCAUCUGCACCGCUUUGCAAAGACAUCCCGCUGUGGUGUGCGCACUUAUGGUGCUCGCAAGAACGUAUCAUCUUGAUGACCUCGCCUCUUGGGCCCGCCAUGCGGCUCACGUAGCGCUGGCGGACGAUCUCAACCCCAAGACAUCGGCAACGGCGCGUCAGGGCGACACGCUCUCGCCGUCGUCUUCGGUUACGCACGCCUUUGACAGCUCCGAAAGUAGCGGUCUCGAUCUCUUCCGUCCGUCCGAGUCGCUCGGCCUUCAUCCAGAGGAAAGGCAUCGGUUGGCCGUGUGCCUGUACGAGGCUGCCUCACUCUGCGGCUGCGAAGGAUUGCAGAUUCGUGCGCUGCGGGUGGUUAUGGCUAUCGCGCGCUGGCUGCAGAAGCACGGUGCUGGCCCCAACUCCGGCGGUGGAAGCGGGAACAGCCUCGAAAAGCAAGGGCAGGGCCGAGGCGAAGGUCCGUCGCGCGAUCGCUCCGGCUCCUCGUCUCAUUACGGUGCUAGCGGCGGCAACGGCGCCGCGCCUUCGACAGCUGGUCAGUUCCGCGCUGGCUCCGGCUCCGCCUUCCGCACAGCUGCUACCAGUGGUAGCCUGAGCGCCGGCCCUUCGCCUCUGUUGCAGCUGCAGUUGCCGUCACCAGUUCCGUCCAUGUCGCGUGCCGGAUCCGACACGGCGAGCUCGCACGGUCCCUUGACUCCCAACUCGAUCUAUCAGAGCUUCCUGGAUCGUCGCGGCGAAUCCUUUUCCUCAUCGACCGACGCUCCUCCCUCUGGCAGUGCGCUCGCAUAUUUGAGCGAGGUCGAGUCGCUCGAUGAUGAAGCGGGCCCUGACUUCCGAAAGUUGCCGACCUCGCAGGGCUUUUCGAGCAGCAGAAUGGACAAAUCGUCCUUGGGGCCCACAUCAUCGGAUCUUGUCAGCCUCAGCGCGGGGGCAACGUCGACAACGACGAAGAGUGGCGAUCUCCAGCCUAGCCAAACGCAGACCUCGACGUCUACGUCUACGUCGACCCGCAAGCGCUUCAGCCUGUUCGGUCGCAGUACACCCUCAGACUCGCCGAGCUUGUCAGACUCCACGGCGUUCGGGCCUGCGCGUGGUGGCAGUUCGCUCGGCUUUCACAGCCCCUCGCUCGGUGACGAGACUGUCCAGGGCCAGACCGAAGAACUGCAGAGCACGACGCUGCUUGAUCGCCGUGCUAGUGCCAGCGCUCAUGUCGGUGCCAGCUCGAGCCAGCUCACCCCAUCGCUGUUGUCGAGCGAUGACUGGUCGAGCCGAUUCCAUCUGCCUCGCCAUUCGAUCGCAACGCGCUCGGAGACGGGCGGAAGCGCUGCGUCGUCGGCGCUCAACUCACCUGCGCUGACGAUGGACCCCAAGCGAAAACGCCUGCAUGCUUCGGCCGCCUCUUCGCCGGCCAGCGAGCAGUUCCCCGUCAACUCGUACGGUCCGCGUUCGGAGCAAGAGCGUGUAUCGCGUUCAGCAUCGCAGCACAGCCUGACGAGCGACGCGAGCGCUGUCGCCGUACCUGUGACGCCCAUUUUGCAACAGCAGCAGCAAAAUGACUCGGCCGUUGCCACGCCACUGGCGGGGAUCGAGCUGUCCAAGGAUGUGACGCAUCUGUCGCCUAAGGAGAUCGCCAAGCUGGACAAGGAGGAGCGUAAACGCAUCGAAAAGGAGGAGAAGCGGCGUAAAAAGGCGGAAAGGGCCGAGUACAAGCGUCUGGCGGCUGAAGCCGUGUUCGGGCCCAAAGGCAGUGCGGCUCCGAGCCCAGCCCUGUCGUCGAGCGACUUUGCCAUGUACACGUCGGGUACGCAAACACGGGAUGGCGAGGGAUCAGGCGGUGUGUCGUCGCGUCGAUCCUCCGAGCCUGCCGACUCGCGGUCGAGCACGAGCACAGCCAGUCCGCGAACGGGCAGCAGCGUGAGGACAGUGUACAGCCCGCGCUCACCAGCCCCAAUCGCGGCGCCGAGGAAGGGCGAAUGGGCGGUGACGACGGCGACGAGUGGCGGACCGUGGUUCAGCGCGCCUCCACCGAUGAUGGCGCCUCCGAGCCUGAAGUCGAUGCCCAAGGGCAAUCGGAGCGCCUCUUCGCUGAGCGGACGGAGCACGGCCAAGACGCGAUUGACUUCGUAG